GGUGGCAUCUCUACAAAACAGAAAUCAACAAAUAUAACACAACUACGUAAUACUCCAUACAAUGUAACAUUUAUCUCACUGUAAAACAAUAAAAUGUUUUCUAUUCGUUCUCGUUCCAACAAAAUAUAAAGCUCUCACUUUGCAGUGGAAAGUUUUAGGACUACAUGAAAUUUAUUCUUAAGACCAGUUUGUUCCAAUUUAGGUUUAUGAUCCUUGCAUACAACUACAGGAUAUACAAGUAUUGUUAAAUACCUCACAUUUGAGGCUUUUUUUUUUUUUUUUUUAAAAUCCAAAAGCUUUUUUUUUUUUUAAAAUAAGUCCAUUAACACUGUAUGUCCGAUUACAAUGAAGAGAAAGACAACACACAACACAGUAUCAUAUUCCUUUAUUCACUCUACAAUAUAGUCAAAUAUUUGAUAAAUGUUUGGAAAAUGGCAAAACUUCAGAUAAGACCUUACUUCAACAAAACGAUAAAGAGAACGAAAAUUAUGACUGAAGAACAAAACAAAUUGCCCAACCACUCCAGAAAUCAAUGCCUUGUAAAUUACAAAGCGGUUAUUUUUGCCACCACUUUAGACAAGGCUAACAAGAACUGUAUCGUAAUCAGCAUAUCCUCCGAGAUAGCUGAUAGUGGCCAUUGAAGUACAAUUACUUCAGUCCGUAGUCCAAUUGUGAGCACUUGUGCAUUUCUCCAAAGGGGCUAUUUACAGGCCAAAAUGUAAUUAAAGAAAUCAAUUGUGAACACAAAACAGCAGGACUUGUUAAACAUGCUGUUUAUUUAAAUCACUGUUUCAUCACAAAUUUUUCCUCACUUUGUCUACAAUUUUAACUGAAAACCAAAUAUUUAAGACAAUGACGGACCCAGCGCUUCCACUGGAAAGCAUGGAAUCACCACAUCACCGAAAGACCCAGUCAGUUCAUCAAGUGAAGCAGGAGAGACUGAUCUCCAAUAGACACGUGACGCUACCAGAACGCCUGACGGACGCUCGCCUCGGGACGGCUGAACUCAUGUCCAGACACCAGGAAGAAGAAGCUGUUUUCACAUCCAUGUCUAAAACCGGUCGCAAAGUCAUUUUGAUCAGACACACAAUGUACGGCAAUUUCCUGCAACAAUCAACAAAGAAACUCCAAGAUGAUUUACGACAGACUAUGAAAAGCUAUUCUUCAGAGAAGCAGCAACUUCUUCGACAUCUAGCAAGUCUACGGCACGAGAUGGACGAGUUAAGACUGUCUGGCAGUGAAUCUCCGACUUCAACAGGAAGUACGACAGAUUUAUCUACAGCGUCUGGAGCGUCAAACAAAUCCAAGAGCCGUCGGUUUUACCAUGCCCCAAACAUUGCUGCUCACAAGUUGAAGAAGAGCAGGAAGAAAAUGUCUAAACAUUCCAAGAGGAAAUCCGAGACUUCAGAAGAAAAGAAACAAAUGGAAGGAAUUCUUAAGCUCCCAAUCAUCAAAGAGGGAAACUUGGGAAAUCCAUCACCCUUGACGUGGACACAUAAAAAUUCUGAAUGGGACUCCGCACAGCAGAUCACCCUGAACAAUUUACCCCCUAUAAAACCACCCAAGGACAUAGCUGCUGCACAGGAACUACUACAGAAUGACUACGACAUGCCCAAAAUUGACGACCCACAAAGGAGUGAUAAAAUAGUUCCCACUAAAGGGAAAUCACAGGAGAAAAAGAGAGUGAAGUUUUCUUCCAAAAACCAAGUCGCUGUGUUCACUGGGGAAACUACAGACAUGGCAAUUGAAGACAGUGAUUCUGAUAGUGAUUCAAAAAACUCCCAUGAAUCUUCUGAAAUAAAACCCAAGGGUGUGAACCAGAGACAGCAUUACUUGCCUCCCUUGGACCUUGGGAACAGAAGAUGUUUAAAUCCGCAGGAAACAGAGAACCACAAAAUGCUGUAUAUUUCUAUUAAGGACCCUGAUGUCAGGAGAAAAACAUUAUCGGAAAUCUUACACGCUGUGAGAAUGCGGAUGCAGGAAAAUGAGCAUCAUUUGAGAUUUGGGGAGAUGCCCCGCAGAAAGCGACAAACCAGCUCCCAGGAAUCUCCUCUCAAUAGCAGUCAGGAGUCACUAAAUUCUACAGAUAGCAACAAGAGUAAGAUAAGUCAUCUUGGAGCCCCCCAGAACACUGCCUACAGAAUGCAUUGCCGAUCCAGCAAUUCCCAGCUCCAGAACUACCUUCGAAAAAUGUCAAGGUCACGCCGGAUGAUCGAACACAUGGAGGUAGAGGAGUACCGCCUUGCCCAUAUAAUGGGGCACAAAGACCUAAUGGCUGUCUCACAGCAAGAGACCAAUUCUACUGCAGCAUAAACAUUUCAUCUCAGACAUACACAUUUUGAAUGAAAUAUGAUGAUUCAUAUUGAAGACCAUGGUUUGUCGUGCUUGAGUUACUGCCUAAUUGGAUUGCGAAUAUGGAUUUGAUGUUUUUCUCUUUUUUCGAAUGAAAUCCAUGCUGCUUUCCUCAUUUAGGGACAAUCAACACUGUGUUGGCUUUAUUAUUUGAAUUGUAAAUAGAGGCAUCAGUUUUGUGAAUUUCACUAUGUGAAUAAAUCAUAGGAAAGAAAA